AUGACGAGCGCUAGACCCAACAUCAUCUUCAUCAUGGCUGAUGACCAUGCCUCCAAAGCCAUCAGUGCUUACGGGGCGGGCAUCAACCAUACCCCCAACAUCGACCGGCUCGCGGAGGAGGGCAUGAAGUUCAACCACUGUUAUGUCACCAACUCGAUCUGCACGCCGUCGCGGGCGGCCAUCCUCACCGGGACCCAUAACCACGUCAAUGGCGUCAUGACACUCAACGACAACAUCAACAAGCACAUCCCGAACGUCGCAAAGCAUCUCCGAACUGGCGGGUACAGGACGGCAAUGGUUGGCAAGUGGCACCUGGGCGAGGGCAGAGCACAUGAGCCAACGGGCUUCGACUACUGGUCAGUCCUCCCGGGCCAGGGAGACUACUGGGACCCGAAGUUCAUCGAGGAGACGGGGGAGAGGGUCGAGAACGGCUACGUUACGGACGUCAUCAUCGACAAGAGCCUGAAAUGGAUAUCGGAGACGACGAGGGACACGGAGAAGCCCUUCUUCCUCAUGUGCCACCACAAAGCGCCACACCGCUCGUGGGAAUACGACGAGAAACACAAGAAGCUCUACACCGACCCGAUCCGCGUCCCCGAGACAUACGACGACGACUACAAGAACCGGGCUAAGGCGGCCAAGGUCGCCAAGAUGCGCGUGGCCGAGGACAUGACCUACCAGGACCUGGGACUCGUGCAGCCGGACGGCGGCAACGCGGUCGGCGAGCGGGUGGUGCAGGAGUCCGGGUCGGCGCAGCGCAAGGUCCCGGUUGACGCGAAGAGGCUGAUCGACAAGGAGGACGGGACGGUCUUCACGUUCAAGAGCGAAGAAGACCUCGCGCACUUUAAGUUUCAGCGGUACAUGCAGCGUUACCUGCGCGUCAUCCAGUCCGUCGACGACAACGUCGGGCGCAUGCUGGACUACCUCGAGGACAACGGGCUGGCGGAGAACACGAUGGUCAUCUACACCUCGGACCAGGGCUUCUUCCUCGGCGAGCACGGCUGGUUCGACAAGCGCUUCAUGUACGAGGAGUCGUUCCAGAUGCCGUUCCUCGUCCGGUACCCGGCGGCCAUCGCCAAGGGCUCGGUGUGCGACGGCAUCAUCUGCAACGUUGACUUCGCGCCGACCUUUCUCGACCUCGCGAGCCUGACGGUGCCGAGCUACAUGCAGGGCGUGUCCUUCCGACGGCUGCUCCAGGGCGACACGCCGGCGGACUGGCAGCAGGUCGCCUACCACCGCUACUGGAUGCACAACGACAUCAUCCACCACGCCUACGCGCACUACGGCGUCAGGGACCAGAGGUACAAGCUGAUCUACUGGUACAACGAGCCGCUGGAGAUCGAGGGCGCCAGGCCGGGCGGCGAGGAGGACAAGGAGUGGGAGCUGUUCGACUGCGAGAAGGACCCGUUGGAGCUGUUCAACGUCUACGACGACCAGGCGUACGGGGAGGUCGUGAAGUACAUGACAGAGUUGCUCGAGCUGAAGAUGGAGCAGAUCGGGGACGUGCCGAUUCAUCCGAGGGGGUCCAGGGGUGGUGGUCCUGCGAAAGAGCCGGUCGAGCUGGCGACAACAUCAUCCGAAGAGGCCGAGAACAUCCCCUUCUCGGGUAAUGGCCACCAGGCGGCGGCUUCGGCCCGUCCUCGACGUCUGAGAGGCACGCGAGCCUGCAGAGCCUGUCGAGACAAGAAAGUCCGGUGCUCCGGGACCUCGCCGCAGUGCAGCAACUGCAAACGCCACGGCCGGGAAUGCCUGUAUCCAACUCCGGCGCGGGCGGUGGUGAUGCGAGCCCCCUCUCCGCAGAGCACGUCUACAAGUACAGGUACUACAGGUAUUACUACAACAACGGACGGAGACGAGACAUGCGGGGUCGAGAUUGGCCAGUAUCUCCCCGUCUCAGUCGAAAGCUUCUUCGAGCACGUCUAUCCGCUGCCAUCCCACGCGUUCCUACACCCCGAGACGACCAGGGAACGCUGCCGCGAGGGGAAGGUCGACCCGGCCUUGGGGUAUGCCAUCUGCGCCCUGGCGACCCUCCACUCCGGUCCCGAUCUACAGACCCGCGACAGGGCGACGGCCUGGGUUCAGACGGCCGAGCAGAGGAUAUGGCAGCACCUCGAGAGCCCGACCAUCCCGCGGCUGCAGGCCCUGCUGCUCGUCGUCCACUACCAGAUGGAGACGGGCAAGUUCCAGAGGGCCUUCAUGCUCACGGCCACCGCGGCUCGCUUCGCGGCGGCCCUGCGUCUGAACCACGAGCGGCCCGACCUGGAUCCCGUCGCCCAGGAGGUGCGCCGCAGGAUCAUGUGGUCCCUCAAGAUCACGGAGCGGUACUUCUCGGUCGGGCUGCCCGAGUUCGAGGCGUGUCCCAUCGAGACGAUAUACCUGCAGUUCCCCUCGGCCGAGGGCGAGUUCAGCAACGACGGCGGGCCGUGCGACGGCGGUUGCUACAGGCUCUACGUCCGGCUGGAGAUUAUACGGCGAGACAUCAUGAAGCUGACGAGGGGCGUUGCGCUCUGCGACCAGCCGUUCCCGCCCCUCACGAAGCUCAUUGGCGAUGUCGAGAGAGACCUGGCCGAGAUCGGAUCCCUGAUGCCGGACGGCACCGCCGACUUCUCCUUCUCCAGACUCCAGGCGCACUACCAUGGCCGGUGGCUCAGGAGACGGCUGUUCAUGCACAUCUCGUUUCACCAGGCGCACUGCGACCUGUACCGCAUCCUGCUCCUGAACUACCCGGAGGCGGCGCCGCGCGUAGUCCUCGAGGCGGUCGACGACGGCGCCUACGUCACGUCGGCCGAGCAGGGCUGUCUCAGGCAUGCCGUCGCCAUCAUCCAGAUCCUCACGAACCUGAACCAGCUCAGCACGAGACCCCUCCUGCUCGAGUUCGACACGGCCAUCUGCGCGUACCACGCCACCCGGCUCCUGCUCUUCAUCUCGCGCGCCGCGAGGGUCCCGGGCUGCCCCUCGCCCGAGUUCGCCGCGAGCCGCGCCGCGCUGUGCCUGGCCGCGCUGAAGCGCUUCUUCCCCUCGUCGGCGCUGGUCAAGCCCAUCAUCGACGACAUGGAGCGCCUGACGAGGGGCCACGCGCCGCAGGAGGGCGGCAUCGGCGGCCUGUCCUCGCCCGAGUUCCAGGAGGGCAGGAGGAACCUGGAGCAGCAGCUCUCGGACGCCGCGAAAGCGAGGCAGAGGCUGGCCAUCCACAGUCUGCUCAGGCAGGCGGACUUUACCGACGAGGACGACGGGGACGGGUACUCGUCCUCCAUGUCGACUACCGCCAUUACACCAACACAGAUCAGUAAGCGCGCUUUCUGGUUAAAGUCCCCUCCUGUCAAAAUGAAGUUCUCCGCUGUCCUCCUCUUCGUCGCCUCCGUCGCCGCUGUCGCUCUCGACACCGAUGUCCCUGCCGCCCUCAGCCAGCCCGGCCGCCGCGGCGUCGACUGCGGCGCCUGUGACCGGCUGAACUUCUGCCCCGGCAAGCCCAACAACAACGUUGAGUGUGAGCUGGACGGAUGUUGCAAGAAUUAG